CCCCCCCCCCCCCCCCCCCCCCCAACCCCCCCACCCAGAACAAGUUGAAGCAGUGAACCGGAUAAAGAAAGAUCUGCUGUGAACCAAAUAACUUGUUAUGGAAAUCCCUGCCAUAAAUCUAAAGGCCAUAGUCCUGGUGCACUGGCUGCUUACAGUAUGGGGUUGCAUGGUGUCGCUGCCCUCCUCCUUUGCUUGGGGGAACUUUUGUGUUCUAGCUGUCGGGGUGUGGGCCGUUGCGCAGAGGGACUCCAUCGACGCCGUGCUCAUGUUCCUGGUGGGGAUGGUCGUGACGAUAUUGACCGACAUCGUCCAUUUUGGGAUCUUUUACCCGCGGAAUGACUUUGCAGCAGACAGUGGCAACGUGUUUCGCUUCAGCCAAGGAAUGGCCAUCCUCAACCUGCUUCUCAAACCCGCGUCCUGCUUCUUCGUCUACCAAAUGUACCGCGAGCGUGGAGGAGAUUACAACGUCAACUUUGUUUUCCCCUCUGUAACGCGAAGCAGAGACGCCUACCAGUCCAUUGACCAACAGGAUGAGUCUUCCAGUUCAGCAAACCCCUUCAACCCGGCCCAGGACGGCAAAGCAGCACCCCGCACAUACUGAGAGAACCAGGCUGUGAACCAUGCAGGGUUUCCAUUUUGAAUUUCCAUGCAGCAGCAAAGUACUUGGGGCCUAAUUUUUUUGCAAUCCACAUUGGUCCCUAUGUUCUGUACAGUCGGUCUGCAGCAGAUUGCAGCCCUAACAGCAAUUCCAAUACUUUUAUCAUGGUAAAUCAUUAGCUCCGCAUGGCUUUAAGAAUGAAAUGUCGCUUAAUUAAACCCAUUUGAAUUUUUUCUUCAAAGGGCACAUCACUGCUGAAAAAUACAGAGGAAGCACUCCCAUGUGGCGUUCCUGUUGUUAACGCCUACUUAUUUCAGUAUAGAGCUGUUGAAUGGAAAUGUUGUCAGUUACCUUUUUUUUCCCAGUUAGUCAGUUUUACAAAUGUGGCACUUGCACAUAUUAAGAGUCUUUCUCUUUGUGAUACAUUUUCAUUGUACGCGGUAUUUAAUUCUUAUUUUUUCAACUCCUCUUUGGCUUUAUGGCACGGCCAUGCUUGAAGUACUUGACCGUUUUUAAGACAAGAGAGUUGGUUCUGACUUUUCAAUGUUUUGCCUUAGAAGUGCCUUUGUACUUUUUCCAACUCAUGCGAGCUGUGAAAUCCUUUGACUGACUUUGACACAGUGACCAAAUUGAAGUUAGAGGCUUGUCUUUUCAUAACUGAGCAAGAACUAAGCAAAAUCUUCACAGUGCAGUGCAGCAAACGUCAGUAUUAAGUCUACUGUUAUCUAGCAAUGUAACUAUGAAAAAUAAAAUGCAAAACUACAAUGUUAAGAUAAAUGUGACUGUUUUCUCAUUUCAAAACCAUUUCAAAUGCAUCAUUCUUAUGGUUAUUGUCAUAGAAGUAAAGGGCUUCCAGACCGCCAUAAAUACUCUUGUAAUGUAAAACUUGUUUCAAUAAAUGAUAGACCACA